AUGUUCGUGGCUCUGACACUCUUCAGAUGGGUGCUCUGCGCCCAGACAGCGCUGCUCAUGGCAGCGGCACUUACACAUCACCGGUCGCCGAAGCCGGCCGCAGAGCAGCACGCGGCCAUGGUACCCUCGUACGACGUAUUCGUCUUCCCAAUUCCAUCGCAACCUGAGCCGGGCACGCAGCCUAGGCUGCCUACCAACGAGGAGAACGCCAUGACCGUCGUCGAGGACAGCCAGCAUGAAGACGUCGACAACAUCGGAGAGGUGGAGCAGCUCAUCAGAGAGCCUCUGCCGGAAUCGGAAAUUGCAGCCGAGCGUGAAAGGCUGCAGGAGACGGGCGAACUCCCUCCAGGGGAGCUUACUGUAGAGCCACCGUCCGAAGACUCAAAUGGAACCUACUACAACGACGGCGUAAAGGAGACCAGCGAGAUCCUGGGAGAUACCACCAGCAACGUCGAAAACGACGGCCAAGGCCCGAACGAAGCUGACGACGAAAAACUAAAGCAAGAAUUGGAAGACCGCCUGGAACAGCUCGGUGCGCUGUCCAACGAAGGCUAG